AUAGGACAGGUGCUUGGUGCUGAUUGUGGGCUCGAUACAGGCCAAGCAGCUCCUGGGACGAGAUCGGUCAGAGGAGUUACUCAGAAACAGAGAGCUGAACCAGGCAGAGAAGCACAAAGCCAUUAAACAGGAAUGGUGUCCUUUUUGGAGCAUGGCCUGCCUGACCUCGUUAAGACAAAGUCCAUUGAAAGGGUGGUGGCACCUGUUGUGACCCACCUGUGCCACCUGGUGCUAAUCUGUGAGAGUGGGGAGGUGUCUGAUCAGUUUGCCACACUGGAGGGAGCAGCAGAGGGUGUGGCAAAGGCAUCGAAGAACAUGGCUGCCCUCGCUUCCAAGCUCGCUGCAGAAUCAGAUGAUGAUGUCAUGAAGGCAGAGAUGGAACCAGUGGUGGCUUCCAUGAAGCUGUCGGGUCAGCACAUGCUGCUGGCUGCCCAAAAGCUCAGCAUCCAACCCCAGCUUGCUGAUCACAGAGAUGAACUUAUUUCCUGCACUCAAAAUGUCUUGCUCGGACUGCUUAAGAUCCUAUUAGUGGAGGACGAUGCCAUUGUCAGGAAGAUAGUCACAUCAGCUCACUUGCUCCUAGACUGCCUGUCCCAGCUGGAGGGGGCCCCAGACAUCCCUUCCUUACUGAGGGCAUUUCGGGGCUUCUCGGAGGCCCUUCUGCUGCUCAACGACCUGGCGGAGAGGAGAGCCGAAGACCUGCGGGACCCCGGGCAGCAAGAGCAUGUACUCACCUCCCUGGACAUCCUGAAGAAAUGUGUCUCCAUGUUGCACACGGCACUGUGCACCACCAUCAAACACCCCCAAAGUGAGCAGGCUCAGGCUGCCAAGAAGUACGUCAUGGAUCUGGUGGACUCCACCAUCAAUGGGCUCAUAUUGAUGCUGAAGAGCAGCUGCCGCGGAGGUCUCUCAGGCCCCACCGGAGGCUACACUGAUAAGCUACAGGUUUUGCUCGGGCUGUUGUCCAUCUCUGAGCAUUCUGCAAUUAGAGAGAGCAACUUUGACAGCUUGCUGGGAGACCUGGUGAUCCACUGCAUGGUGGUGGCCAACACCUCAAGGAAAUUCAUCCAGUCGACUGUCGUAAACCGUUGCCGCUGCGUCCUCCGACUCUGGUUGGAGAUAUCUCAGCAGGCAAAGUUCUCGGGAAGUUCAUCUGACCACACACAGCAAACACAGAAGGACCUGGAAGACAAAUGUACCUAUCUGAUGCAGCAGCUGCUGAAGCUUAAUGACAGCAUAGUGAUGGCCGUUCUGUACCAGGCCCUGGACGUGUUUGUUAUAGCAACAGCCCCAUUUGAUAAACUAUUAAACAUUGCCAGCAGGUCACCAGAAAGCAUUAAGCCCCUGCUCAUUGCAUUCCUAUCUCAUGCAGACCGAAUGGUCCAAGUCGCCAGCUUCAUUUCGAGUCUGUCCACAGACCUCAAGUGCAUUGAGAAUGUAGAGAGCUCCAGGGCAUGCCUGAUAAGGCUGAAGGGUGUUGUAGUGCCACUUGUACAGGAGUGUGGUAUGGGCAGCCCCCCCUCCGGGGCUUUGGAAAGGCUCCAAGAUAUUCACCAGCGAUGGGCAGAGGAGACCAGCCAGCUAACAGACUUUCUCAAUGACAUCCUGGAUGUGAAGGCACUUACUAGCCUCACCCUUCAGGAGAUGGCAGAAGACUAUAGUGGCUGUGAGAGAGCAUUUAAAGCCCAAAGUCCCAACCAUUUUAUUGAGCAUGCCACUAACCUCAUGGGUCAUAUGAACCACAUGGUUAGAUCUGUGAAGAGGCAUGUUGACCGAAGCGAUAACCCAAUCUUUCGAAAUGGGCUUCUGGUGCUGGUGAAGCAGGUGGAAGCUUCAAUAGCCGAGGUAACCACAUGUGUGGAGCGCCUCCAUUUGGAGCUUGGGUGGGACAUGGAAACAUUUUCAGGAUUUUUGCAGAAGUUUUCAAAGGCAGUUGAGCGGUUUCACACUUUAAGGGAAGGGUUGGAUGGCCUGCAACACCCACACCUCCUCAGUCCCUUGCGAGAUGAAGCUCGUCAUCCUUCAAUCUCACGGCCCACGCAUGUGUCAGAGGAGCCUGAGGGCUCCAACUUGGAUCACGAUGAAGGCCCUGAGUUUUUAUCUCUUGGAACCGAAAAAAGAAGUACAUCCAGUCCAUGUUGUGCACAGCAUGUAGAGAAAGACCCUGACAAACCUCCACUGUUGAGCGACAGCAACACUGGUGAAUCAGGGGAAAUGGAAUUUGUCAGUGAGGUGAAACCCACUCAUAUACUUAAGGAUGUUGACUUGUUACCCUUGCUGUAUGAAGUCCUAAAGGCAACCAAAGAGAAAGACGUAACAUCUCUCAGUGUGGCUUGCACAAAAGUCCUUGAGCUCUCCAACAGCUACAUACAGGCCGCCAAAGAGGCUGAUGCUAUCAUCAAUGACAUUGAGGGUCAGAGGCUGGAGGGACUGCGGUUAGAAGUGGUGGGCCUCACAUCAAUGCUGGUGCAAACUGCACAGGAGAGUGCUAUGGGGGCCGCGAUGAGCACAGACAACAUCUACAAAUACGCGACGCUAUUCUCCGAUAACAUUAGCAACAUGCGCCAGAUCCUGCUGCCCGCCGCUGGCACCUGGUACCACGCAGCCUGUGCCAUGUUCCAGGGUGGAUCUCAGACUGGAAAUACACCACAGCAGCUGAGUGAGGUGAUGCAACUGUGCUCAGAUGUUGUGCAGCUGGUCACAUCAUCAGAGAUUGUGGCAAGAGGUGAACAUCAAGAGAGCAUCACCGUGCUGCACAGUAAACUGAAGAAAGCUCAGACCAGCACUAAACAUCUGGCCGAACUGGCAUCAUCUGUACCAGUCACACCCGAUAAACUGGAGGGUCCUUGCAUCCUUUGGGCCCUGUCUGUACAGGUAUUGUUGAAUUCACUAGAUAGGAUCUUGGGUGGUGUGGCAUAUGGUGGAACAGAACAGGCUGUCAGACGUUUGACAAGUCCACAGAGAAGAAUGGGGGUAAUAUCAGAGAACUCUCUGAGGGUCCAGGAAGCAGCCAGACUGACUUCUUCAAUUUGUAAAAACAGAAAUGGUGUUACGAAGAUGAGAGGUCUUCAGGAGGAGGUGAAGGCCCUCACAGAGACCUACCUCCAGGUGACUGAAAACCUCAAUACUGUGCCCCUCUCUGAUAUCCAUCAGCUGGCAAAGUCCGAACUCUUACAGAGGCAGCUGCUUGUCAAGAUGAAGGUGCUGUCUGGUCUUGUUAGUAGGUUUAACAAGGACUACUCUGCCACACUUCAAAACAUCAUCCGCUUGGCAGUUUUGGUGUGCACAGACAGUGAGAGCCCUGAAAAGAUCAAGGAGGUAAAGGCGAAAUUUGAGAGGGAUGCAGAAUCUCUUUUAACUAAUGUGAAAGCAGCCUGUCAGAACAUUCAAGACUUCCUCAAUUACAUUAGGAAUCCCAGGGUUCGAGCUAACCUAAGGUCUAUUAAUGAGCAUCUGUCCUUUCAGAUAUCUGACAUUGUGUGCAGGGCCAGGCAAAUAGUGGAAACUCAGGACUUGGAUGACAUGCACAGUCUGGAAAUUCACAUAGAACAUUGGUCAGCUAAGGCUCACUUCCUUGUGGAAGAGGUGGACAUGGUGGAAGGUGUUCACCAGGCUACCAAACAGCAGGUCAAACUCUAUCUGCAGGGCAGGGAGGCCGAUGAUGCCCAAAACAUCCUCUUAAAAUUUCUGCCAACUCAGAAGGAGACUACAUGUCCACCUGAUCCAGUCAUAGCUUCCUGGGAGGAAAACCAUCCUAAUAUGAACACAAAAACCUCUGAACAGGAUACUCAGAAGCCUCCUAUGCCUAAUCAGGAGCUAAAAAGGGGUGGCACUGGGCUCACUGCCAGCAGGGGGGCACCCUCCCUCACCUACACUUCCCUCUUCCUGAAGAGAGAGACGGACAAGUGGGACGCACAGAACAACCAUGUCAUCCAGGUGACCAGAGCCAUGGCUGAGAAGAUCUACCACAUGACCCAGUACUUGCGCAGGAGAGGGCCCAUACAGAGCAAAGAGGUGUUCGUCACCACAGCCAAAGAUAUAGUGUCCAGUUGCCGGACCGUGACCCAGUUUGUCAGGGUCAUUGCUGACCACUCCCUGAAUGAGCGCAGUAGGGAGGACCUCUGUCUCAUAUUGGAGAAGAUUCUCACCACCACCAACCAGCUCACUAUUAUCUCCAGUGUGAAUGCCUUGACCCCUGGUAGUAAGUCCUCAGAUGAAAUCCUGGUGAAGAAUGCCCAGAACCUGCUGUUGAUCAUCCUGCAGGGAGUGCAAGCAGCUGAGACGGCCUGUAUUAAGGGACUGAGACAGCCAGAGCCUAACUCGGAUGGAGCUGAGGCAGCGGCUCUGUGCCUCCAGUGGAGAAGGAAUCUUCAGAUUCACCGGGCCCAGCAGAACUCCAACCCAGACACCGAUGACCUCGGCCUCCGGAAGACGUCCCUGCACCCACCCGCGCCCAGCCUGGCCCCUCCCAUUCAAAUUCAGGGGACCCUCAAGUGGCCAUCAUGAUGUCGUGACGACCUUGCGUAAGAAGGAUAUCACUGACGGUGCUAUACACCCAUAAUGCCUCUGUGGAUUUACUGUAACCAUUAGACGAAAAAUCAUCUGUAAUGCGGCUGCAGCCCUUCUAAGACACUCGAUUCCACUGCAGCACUUCUCUGGCAAACUGGGGCUCCACAGGCUGCCUGCAUCAGUGAUUAUACAUCAGUUACUGCACAGCUCAGCUUGUGGAUUGUGGAGCAAAAAGAAGCGUUGGCAACACUGUUUGUAGGAGAUUACUGUAGUGAUGAGACUGGCUUGUGCACAUGACAGGGAUUCCAAAUUUGUUAAACAAGUUUUUUCCCAUGGUACAGAAAACCGAUGAAGGACAUAGAGGGUUCUUCUCUGAGGAACAAAAACCCGGUAUUGCAAAGAAUGAAUGAAUUCAAAGCUGUAAGAACAAUAUCCCCAUGUAACUGUACUGCAGACUGUGGGAGUGUGUCCGGUUGGGUGAUACACCAUUUUAUGUUCCGUCCUAAUCAACUUCAGUAGUACAUGCCAGCAUGGCUAAGGAAGUAAUUUGCUUUGGUCAAUUCAGUAAGUACGCUUGGCCUUGAGUUCACUUGGUAGAAAAAUAAAUGAAACACGGAAGUUGCCACACUGCAACUCAGUU